CUACAUCCGUGUAAAAAUUGAGUUCAAUCUUAUUGACUUGAACGACUAUUAAUCUAUUAAUAAAGUUAGUUUAGUUCUUUUUGGUUCCACCCACCAACUAACUCUUCUCCCACCAACCCCCUCUUCCCUCUUCUUUGAAUCUUACCUUUAAUUUUCUCAUUUCUUCUCCUUUUCAUUUCAGUUACUUCAAUUGCAUUUUUUUUCACCUUUCUUUCUCGUAUUAUCAUAACACCUUCAAUCGAAUUCACAAUGGCGAAUACUCUAAACAGCGCUACCAUCUCCAGAACCCAAUUCGGAGAUCAAUGCCCCUCUUUCCAUUCCGUGAUUCCUCCACCUACUCGUAGAUCUCUUCCUUUCAUAACGGUGCAUAAGGGAAAACGUGUUGAGCUGAAUAGAAGAAGAGCUCUUGUGGCGGUUGUGAAAGCGAAGAGUAGUAGCUUUGAAGAUUCAGAAUCUUUUGGUGUUGAUAUUUCUUUGAGUCCGAGGGUUAAUGCUGUUAAGCCUUCCAAGACUGUUGCCAUAAGUGACCAGGCCACUGCUCUUGUCGAAGCCGGAGUGCCGGUUAUUCGCUUGGCCGCCGGAGAACCUGAUUUCGAUACACCUGCCGUCAUAGCUGAGGCUGGGAUUAAUGCUAUUCGCGAAGGAUACACAAGGUACACCCCUAAUGCCGGAACAUUUGAAUUGCGCAGCGCGAUUUGUCAUAAGUUGAAGGAGGAGAAUGGAAUUACAUAUACUCCUGAUCAGAUUGUGGUAAGCAAUGGAGCAAAGCAGAGUAUUGCUCAGGCAGUACUUGCAGUUUGUUCACCGGGCGAUGAGGUCAUUAUUCCGGCCCCAUUUUGGGUGAGUUACCCAGAAAUGGCAAGAUUGGCUGAUGCAACACCUGUGAUUCUUCCAACCAGCAUAUCUGAUAAUUUUCUUUUGGAUCCCAAACUCCUUGAAUCCAAAAUCACUGAAAAAUCAAGAGUACUUAUUCUUUGCUCGCCAUCUAACCCAACAGGGUCAGUCUAUCCAAAGAAAUUACUUGAAGAGAUAGCCCAAAUUGUAGCAAAGCACCCCAGGCUUCUGGUCAUCUCUGAUGAAAUUUAUGAACACAUAAUUUAUGCACCAGCAACUCAUACGAGCUUUGCAUCUUUACCUGGCAUGUGGGACAGGACUCUUACUGUGAACGGUUUUUCCAAGGCAUUUGCAAUGACUGGUUGGCGACUUGGAUAUAUUGCUGGCCCGAAACAUUUUAUUGCAGCAUGCGGAAAGCUUCAAAGUCAGUUCACUUCAGGGGCAAGUAGUAUAUCCCAGAAAGCUGCAGUUGCUGCCUUAGGGCUAGGCUAUGCUGGUGGGGAGGCUGUUUCUACCAUGGUGAAAGCAUUCAGGGAACGAAGAGAUUUCUUGGUUAGAAGUUUUAGAGAGAUGGAUGGUGUGAAAAUAUCAGAACCUCAGGGAGCAUUUUAUCUAUUCCUUGAUUUCAGCUCCUACUACGGAAGAGAAGUUGAUGGUUUCGGUAAAAUUGAGAAUUCUGAGUCCCUCUGUCGAUACCUUCUAGACAAGGGCCAGGUUGCUCUGGUGCCGGGAAGUGCAUUCGGAGAUGACACUUGCAUCCGCAUCUCUUAUGCUGCAUCCCUUACUACCUUACAGGCAGCUGUAGAGAGAAUUAAGAAAGCACUUAUCCCUCUAAUCUCUGCUGCUCUUGUUUGAAGCAUAUGAAUUGAACUCUUUCUUCUACUUGAUGUAUUUUAUAUUUGGCUUUGGCAAUUUGCAACUAGUUAAAUCCUUAAAAUAACAGGCUGUGGCUAUUUUCUCUUCUGAAUACCACAUCCUAAAUGAUGAUUAUUAAAAUUAUGUGGGUAGUUGAUCAUUUCAUGAUUUCUAAAUAAUUGUCAGUGAAAGUAAUUUGUCCAAUUUAUUUGAA